UCUUCUUAGAUUGUACACGUGUAACUAAUGCAUUUAUGAUUUUUUUAAGGUGACUGGAAUCCUUUCUGAAUAGUCUGGUGAAUGUGGUUUUUAAGUCAUGCUAUUUUACAUCCUCGUUCAUAAAUUGAUAGAUUGUGAAGUGGUAUUUUACAGUAGGAUACUACUUUACCAUGAGUUUUAAAUACACAACUGAAUUGAGUGAAUAAUAUUCAUAUUUUAGAAAAGUCUAAGACAGAAAACCUUAUGAAGUCGAGGUUAUCUUAUUGAUUUCCACAUUAUAUUGCAUGAGUUAUUCUGUGUGUGUGUGUGUGAUUGCAUGCUUGCGCGCGUGUUUACUUGGUUCCAAGUACUCCGCUAUGAAGCAGUAGCCAUGAGGAAUGGCAUCCUUGUCUGUAAUGAGCUGAAUGUCCGACAUGACCAUCCCACCUGAAGUGGCCUACAGAGAGACAUGCUUGAUGUAUAGAGGGGAUGCAAAACCCAAAGAGGAUUAUUAAAAUAGUGGAGUUAAUAGCUCAGUUACCUUACUGUAACAAAGGUAGUAACCGGGCCUCAUUGCAAAGCUACGUGUGAAGCUUGCGUUUGCUCCGUCUUCAGUAAUGUUGAUCUGCAGAUGGAGACAGGGAAUGUUGAUAAAUAUAGACAGACAACCAUUCCCAUUCACACCUUCAUCCAAAUUAGUCUUCAAUGAAUGUGAGGAGAGAACUCACAGAGGCACAUGAAGAACAUGAUCAAAACAGAGAAUUGUGAGGUGUUUAAUGCUCACCACUGGGUCACUCUCCUGCCUCAUUAUCAGAUCCACAUACCAAAGUCCUUCUGAGUGAAUAAGUCAAGUUUAUCUUGAUGGUCAUUUAAUAAGGGUGGCACUGGCAUAAGGGAAGUGAUUAAACCGCUAUAUGCUAAGGUCAGGUGUCAGGAUGAAGUGCUUUUUUACAUGAGAGGAUGACUGUACUUUACCGAUCUGUUACAUCAACUCACCAUGUUUUUUGAGGGAUGCUAAUCCUUUUGACAAGUGGUGAUUAUAGUUUUGUUUUUGUUUUUAAUGAGAAUCUAUUGUGAGUUUAUUCAAAGUCCAAAUCUCUCAAUGUGCUCACUGAGUUUCUUUGAGUGAAAUUUUACAAAUAUUACAAAGGGGGUAGCCCUAUUACUUUUUUCCUUCCCUUGAAAUCUGCAAUUUUAAUUACCAUCCAUUUUCUACACUGCUUGUCCUAAUUAGGGUUGCCGGUGAACUGGAACCAAUCCCAGCUGACUUUGGGCGAGUGGUGGGGUACACCUUAUACUGGUUGCCAGCCAACUGUAGGGCACAUGCACUUAAUUUACUUAAAAUUAAAUAUUGAGUUUUCUCCCAAAAAGGAAUUCACAGUUUUUACAUGUAACUAUGAAAGGUAUUUAUUAUUUGAUAGUGGUUUUGAUUUAGAGAAAAGGUGCAUAAAACCAGUUCUAUUGGUAAAUUAGCGUUUAAUAUUUAAUUCGGUGCAAUUCAUAGGACAAAUUUAUGUAUUCUAUGUUUUUCCCUAGGAACAGUUUUUUCGAUUGGGGUAGAUUUUCCAUUACAUUAUUUCAAGAGUAUAACUUUUUAUCAGUGUUGAUAACGUAUGAAAAAAAGAACUGAUAAUCUUGGGAGCCAUUUGCUUUUGAGGGUUUAUGGAUGAAUAAAAACACAACCACAUGCAGUAAAAAUGUGUAAUCUUCAUCUCUGUCUGUACCAAGGUGAAGUCUUUGGGGCAGGUGGAAGUGUUGGAUGUCCACGCCACUGCUGUUAGUGGCCGGACUGCCCCAUGAUCCACGGUGGCCAUCUGAGGAGAAGAGGAAAAAAAAGGCGGAAGGUUAGAAGUGAUGAAAACUCCCUGACGUUUUCUUUUUUAUCAGAGAAGUUGGGAUGAGCUGAUCUCGCUGUCUCUCUAGAAACCAGUCCAAGUUCCAGCAAAAGACACCAACAGUCUGUCCAAAAACCUUGUAAAAUCACAGGUUGUUCACCCACAGCUGAACCAUGAAUGAGAGUUUUAGUAGGGAAGAGGUGAAUGCAAAGUGAGGGGUGAAAGGUCGACUGUGAUUGUAGCAGAAAGACAGUCAGGCAGCACAGAAAGUGACUGAACUCUCUUCUGUACUCAUCAUGGACUCAUUCCCCUGUGCUGUGCUCCUCUUCUCUCUGCUAUGUUCAGCCGCUGCUCAAGGUCUUGUGGUCUCAGUGGAGCCCCAGACUACUACAGUGCGCGAAGGGGAUUCGGUCAGCCUCAGGUGCCAAGUGGGGAGCGGUGCACAUUCAACCCAGCUGCAGUGGAAGAAAGCCAAUAAUCAAGCCUUAGCAGACAAUGUUAAGAUUGGCCCCAAUGGUGUGGUGCUGACGGUUGCCAAUGCUCGACCUGCUAACCAGGGCGAGUACCAGUGUGUGGCGUCCAGCUCUGCAGGUUCCAGCACUGCUUCAGCACAGAUCAACAUCAAAUAUCCUCCCAAAGUGCGCCUGUCACCAACCGGGCCACUGAAGGUCAAAAUCGGUGACCGAGUAUCAGUGCAGUGUCGGGCCACAGGCAGGCCACGGCCCAAGAUAAGCUGAGACUGCCAAGCCUCCUCUCUGCAGCUGCUUUCUGAGGAGAUAGAUGGUGUCAACACCAUACAAUGGACUGUAGUCCGUCCAGAGGACUCAGGUGUGUAUAUUUGCCAAGCUGAGAACAAUGUGGGUGUGACAGAGGCCAAAGUGGAGGUCAUCAUAGGAGGGGGACCUGGUGCACCCAUGGCAUCAGUGAGUCAUAAAGAAAUGACAGUGGUGGAGGGUCAUUCUGUCACUAUCAGCUGUCAGGCUACUGGUUCUCCAACCCCUGUUAUCACAUGGUCCAAGCUGAGAGCCCCGUUGCCAUGGAAACAUACAGUAGCCGGUGGUGUCCUGACACUGACCAGUGUGGGGCGCCAGGACUCCGGCCAAUACAUCUGUAACGCUACCAACAUACGCGGCUUCAGCGAGGCGUACCUGCAGAUGGAGGUGGAGAGCCCUCCUUACGCCACCUCUCUGCCCGAGCAGGUGAAGCUCCAACCCGGUGAUGCUCUUUCGCUGCGUUGUCUGGCCCAUGGCUCCCAUCCUAUUCAGUUUGAAUGGAGCCGGGUGGGCAGAGGCAACCUGCCUGCUGGAAGUCAGACCACCAACGACGGACAGCUUGUCAUAGCUCAUGUUAAAAUGAGUGACGGUGGAACAUACAAGUGUGUGGCCACCAACCACAUUGGCUCCAGUGAGGCACUGACCAAAGUCAUUGUUAAAGCAUAGGUCAGUGAAAUGUCUGCAGUGUUCCCGUAAGCCUGAAUUCUGACAUCAAAUGGAAAGUAUUAAGUUGUUACUGUGCAUAUGUCGCUAAACUGAAACCUUUCAAUUAGUGGAUGUAUUAAAGGAUUUGGAAUGUAUUUUAAAAAAAUCACUUUUCUGGCAGAGGAGAUGACAAACUUCUAUUUUAAUGUUUUUCCUAUCCCAGAUUUGAAUCGGGAUUUCAAAAGACAAAUGGAAAAUUAUCUUUCUCUGUAUUUCAAGGUGUAAUCUAGUUAAUUUGGUACACCAUCAUCUACAUGAAACACUGUAGGACUCUUAUUACAAUUAGGAGGGACUGGACCAUGAGCCAUAAUGUUUAGUUUUUGUUUUCUGCUAUUGGUAAGCAUUUGUUAUGCAAGGAACCACAUUUGGUCAAUUUAAAAACUGUUUAAAGUGCAUGCCCCAUGACUGUAAGAUAUUGAAUUUAAAUAUCUUAUUUUAACAUAGAUAAUUAAAUCAAAUAUUACACUCAUCAUAAUGCCCAAUUUUUUACUGUCUCAAUAGGGCCUUUCUGUGCUUCAUAACUGGCUUUUAAUUAGGAUUAAACUGCAUCCAGUAAAACAAAACAAAACAAGACAAAAAAGUUGUCAGGAACUAAUGUGGUAAAGAAAGAUGAAAAUGCAGGUGUUGCAAUGGACACGCACUCUUAUUUCCUUGAAAUUAUUCAUUUGGUGCUGAUAAGUUUGUGUUAAACAUGCACAUGUAUUGCCAAUUAUUAAUAAAGUCCCCUAGAUAAACUGGUGUAUUAUUUUGUUGUGCCACACCUUUAAAUCUAAACUCUUAUGCUUAUUGGACAGUCUGCAAAUGCUUUAUGUUAGCUUUUCAACCACCAAGGGGCGACACACACAUUGCUGUGCUGCGUUCAUGGACUCAACCACAAGGAGGACGCAUGCAGAUUUAAAGUAACACUAAGCAGGCCCAAAAAUGGCAUGUAAA